UCCACUCGCUGAAGCAGAAUCCUCUGAAGAGUUGCUGAGGCAGAACUGAAAUCAUCGCUCGCCUCAAAGAGGCAGCCGUGUUGGCCGCUAAUGAUGCCUCACACAGAAAGACGAUGCUCCUUUAACUCAAGGGUGUUAGGGGGAAGUUUCUAAGCCUGAAACAACAGCUUUGGAUCUGGGGUGUGCCAUCAGCUGCUCGCAGCCACCACUGUCUACUGCUUUCACACAGCCUGGUCGGCCAGGCGGUCGGUCAGGAGGAAUGAAACUGAAGAAGCUUGUAACUACCUGUAACAGUUCCACCAGGAAAUGGAUCAAGUGCUUGUUCAUCCAGAUCCAGCUGGCACCCUGAAGUUUGAAUUCAGUACCCUGGACUGUCAGGGGCUAGAGAUGUGAGUGAACCCCUAUUGAAAGAGGCAAUGAUCGCUGAACAGCAAGAAAUUCCUCAAAGAGCCUAUUGUUUAAUGAGGGGAAGAAGAUGAACCCCGUGAAGACGUAAUAAGGUGCUGUCACGGAAAUGCAGAUAACUUAGCCUCUCUAAGGUGCCAACACCAUGACCUCAGCAGAUUGAUGAUGGAACAAAAAGAAACAGGGAGGCCCUUUGCUCUGUCUUCCCCAGACAAUGGAUGGGGGGCAGCCAGUUCCUUCGCCCCUGGUGCCCUUCGGGAACACGUUGUCAGAUUCUAGCAUGUCUCUAGAGCAAAAGACCACAUUUGUUUUUGUGAUUUUGUUGUUUAUCUUCCUGGGCAUCCUCAUCGUCAGGUGCUUCCGGAUUCUUCUUGACCCCUAUCGGAGCAUGCCGACCUCAACUUGGGCCGAUGGACUUGAAGGCCUGGAGAAAGGGCAGUUUGACCAUGCCCUUGCUUAGCAGGGGGAGCAAGACCCCCUCCUGAGGAGGCGAAGGGCUUCAUGUCUUAGCAAGGAAUUCUCUUCCAUCGAUGUUCUCAGCAAAUCAAGUUUUAGCAACAACUGUUCCUGAGACCACCAUCCAUUAUUCGGUUAGCAUGCUGUUGGGUUAAAACAUCGAGAAUAUUGGAAAUGGCAAUUUAUAUUACUGAUCAAAAAUAGAUGGAUUUCAAUUUCUAGGCAACCUCAGUGAAGGAAUAUUGUCGAAUGUGUGCAAUGGAGAAACCAUGAGCAUCGAUGCUGACGUAAACUCUGCUGUAGGAGGAAGCGCUGCCCAACCUGACCCAGGAACAAAGAUCAGAAAGGAUCUGGUCUGAGUGUGGUGACUGGUCCAAGAAGAGACUUCCUUGCUUUAGUCCUGUCCCUCGGAUGCUUCAUUUUCAUGGGAAUCUGGGCCCCAGGCAGGGAAUGAGAGGCUGUGUUCAGCGGACCAAAAGCAGGCACUUGUUUUCACCUAAAGCAGAGCGUGGGGAGGCCUUGGGAGGACUUAGAAGAGAGGGUUCCAUCCUGGGAAAAUGUGAGUGACGGUGAUGUUUCAUUUUUUAAAUAAAACUGAAGUCAAAGGUUUACGGUGGUUUUAAAGCUAUUUGCCAGGGCAGGUACAUUCUAUAUAUUCAUAUUAAUAACAUGUGUGGGCAUUGCUAUACAUAACCUGAAUUUACUUUCUUCACACAAGCAACUGAAAUAAUAGGUUACAAGUGCAGCCUCAAGUUUGUUGGUUUUUAAAUAAAAAGUUAAUUGUUUAGAGUAGGAGACUUUCACAGUCUCAAGUGAACUGUGUGUUUAUGACUGAAUAUAGAAAUCAAA